UGCAUGCGGGGCCCGCCCGUGCUUCCCCCCCCCCCCCCCCGCUUCGCCGGCCCUGCGGGCAGGAAAAGGGCGGAAGGGCAGGGCAGGGAAGCACAUGAUGAAACUUCGCGGUGUGUUUCAACAGCAGCUGGCGGCGGGGGAGGAGCCGGCGGGAGCCGCCUCUUCCAUCCCCCGGCGCGGUGCGGACGGCGGCUUUCCGUGCGCCGGCGGCCGGGAGCGGGUGAGGCAGCGGAGCGGGUUCUCCACUUGCGCGUACAACAACAGCCUCACAAUGUGCGGGAUCUGGGCCCUGUUUGGGAGCGAUGAAUGCCUUUCUGUCCAGUGUCUCAGUGCCAUGAAGAUAGCACACAGAGGUCCUGAUGCAUUUCGUUUUGAGAACGUCAAUGGUUUCACCAACUGUUGUUUUGGUUUCCACCGCCUUGCAGUUGUUGAUCAGUUAUAUGGUAUGCAGCCUAUCCGGGUGAAGAAAUUCCCGUAUCUGUGGCUGUGUUACAAUGGAGAAAUCUACAAUUUCAAACAACUGCAGAAGCAGUUUGGAUUUGAAUAUCAAACAUUAGUGGAUGGUGAGGUUAUCCUUCAUCUUUACAACAGAGGAGGAAUAGAACAAACAGCGUCCAUGCUAGAUGGUGUUUUUGCUUUUAUCCUUCUGGACACUGCAAACAGAAAAGUGUUUCUGGCGAGAGAUACCUAUGGAAUCAGACCACUGUUUAAAGUGCUGACUGAUGAUGGAUUUUUGGGUGUCUGUUCUGAGGCAAAAGGACUUAUCAACUUAAAGCAUUCAACAUCCUUAUGUUCUAAAGUGGAACCGUUUCUCCCGGGUCAUUAUGAAGUAUUGGAUUUAAAGCCCUCUGGCAAGGUUGCGUCAGUGGAAUUAGUAAAAUUUCAUAGCUGUAAAGAUGAACCGCUCCAUGUUGCAUGUGAUACAGUGGAAGCUCUGCCUCCAGGCUUUGACCUUGAAACAGUGAAAAGCAACAUCCGUAUUCUAUUUGAAAAUGCUGUUAGAAAACGUUUGAUGGCUCACAGAAGAAUCGGUUGUCUUCUCUCGGGGGGCUUAGAUUCCAGCUUGGUUGCAGCUGUUCUUCUGAAACUGAUGAAAGAAAUCAACGUCAGUUAUCCAUUACAAACCUUUGCAAUUGGGAUGGAAAACAGUCCUGAUUUACUGGCUGCCAAAAAGGUGGCAGCACAUAUAGGCAGUGAACAUCAUGAAGUAAUACUUAAUACUGAAGAGGGAAUUCAGGCAAUAGAAGAGGUUAUCUUCUCGUUGGAAACCUAUGAUAUAACAACAAUAAGAGCUUCAAUUGGUAUGUAUCUUGUCUCCAAAUAUAUUCGGAAGAAAACAGACAGUGUGGUAAUUUUUUCAGGAGAAGGAUCAGAUGAGCUGACACAAGGAUAUAUAUAUUUCCAUAAGGCACCAUCUCCCGAGGACGCUGCAGAGGAGAGUGAGAGGCUUCUGAAGGAGCUCUACCUGUUUGAUGUACUUCGUGCAGAUAGAACUACUGCAGCACACGGCCUUGAACUUAGAGUCCCAUUUUUGGAUCAUCGAUUUACUUCUUAUUAUUUAUCUCUACCAGCAGAAUUGCGAAUUCCAAAGAAUGGAAUUGAAAAAUACCUUUUAAGAUUGUCCUUUGAAGAUUCCAAUUUACUUCCCAAAGAAAUACUCUGGAGACCCAAAGAAGCUUUCAGUGAUGGUAUAGCAUCAGUGAAGAAAUCCUGGUUUUCUAUUCUUCAGGACUAUAUUGAUCAACAGGUUGAUGACCUUUUGCUGGAAAAGGCAGCGGAGAAAUAUCCUUUCAAUCCUCCAAAAACAAAAGAAAGUUACUACUACCGCCAGAUCUUUGAAAAGCACUACCCAGGGCGAAGCAGCUGGCUGCCCCACUACUGGAUGCCAAGAUGGGUUAAAGCUACUGAUCCUUCUGCACGCACAUUGAAACAUUACAAGUCAGCCACCCAAGAAUAGGCUGUUGAAAUAAUCCCCCAAAUGAAAGUGCUGCAAGCGUUUUGUGUGCACUGUUUUAAGAAAACCAAACGAAUUAUGCAAACCUAGAUCUUAAAUCAUCUUUAAGAUGUAUUUUGACAAUGCUAUUGGAAAUGAGAGCUUUCUGUAGUUAGUGUACUAUUAAAGAUUUACCCUGCUGUAUCAAAACUUUGUAAUUCAUGGGAAAAUACUUUAUGGACAGAAAACUACAUUAUUUGACAACUCUGUUCCUUAUGUGACCUCCAUUGUAUUCAGUUGCCUGGCAGUUAUUUAAUAUAUUUUAGUGUGAGCUCUGUUACAAGGACUUGAAUCAGGCUGAGGGAUGCAAACAGCUGAAGGCCAUCUGAGCAAAAGGGAAUUUGGCUGUAGCUGUUUAGUGACUUGUGUUGCUGGCUGUGGGACUUGGAUAGUCUCUAUAUUAUUCUGUUCUGAAUGUCUUUCUACACACUCCUGAGAACCUCGGUGUAGUUUUCAAAAAGUAUUUAGAUAUUCAUAGCUAUGCAGAGAUGCUUACUUGAGAUUAUAAUAGGUGUGGUACUGGGUAUUAAUUAAAUGAAUGGGAAUCUUAUUUGUUCCUGUGAAGCCACCGGUUGGCUGUUUUGAGUCUUAUAAAUAUAUCAUGAGUCUAAAGAUAUUGUGGCUGUUACUGAAGAGCAGAACAGAUAAGGGAAGCCAAGUUAUGUCUUUGUUUCUAACUCAAGGAGUUCAAUUUUUAAAUUUAUUUAUUAUUCUUGAAAAAAAGAAAGGCUGUUAACUGGAUGAUAUGUGUCAGUCUGAUGGAAAUUGCAUGAGUAUUUUAAGAAAUUUUUCAUUUACUUUGAGAGUUUUUCCACCUGUGUGAUGAAAAGGUUGACUGUGUUGCCGCUGAACUUUGCGGUGAACCAACCUUGUUAACUAUAGAUUUUAGUCAGACAAAGCGUCACCAAUGACAGCGGGAUCAGGUGCCUUGCUUGGAAGAAUGGGAAAAAAGCGUCUUCACAAACUACAAGAACUUGUCAUACUCUGUUGAAAAGCACCUGCGUUUUUCUCCAGGACAACUUUUUAUUAACUACUUAGUCAUGGAGGCUGCUUUUUUAAAGGUAACUUAAAGGUGGUCAAGAGAUAGAUAUGUGUGCUACAGAUUGACUUGAUUAGCUUCGUGCUCUUUGUGAAGAUAAGUCUGCUUUAUUGUCCCUCUUGACUAGGAAACCAAAGCCAUUUUUUAUUUAAAAAAUAAAAUAUAUGCUGUUCUGAUUUAAAAUCUUCA